GCUGCGGGCCGGCGGGACCGCUCUCACUGGGCCGCCAAGUGCCAACUUUCCCCGGAGCGAAGGGAGGGCGCACACCGUUAGGGCGCGGGGGCAGUUAGUGGGAAUUUGGGAUUUUAGGGAAGAAAGUCUGAUCCCCUCGUCCCCUGGUCCUUGCUACCAUUAAAAAACACCAACAGUAACAACAAACUUGCUCUAAUUCCGUCUGCCCCGCUCCUGCUGGCACCAUGAAGGCGGCCGUCGAUCUCAAACCUACUCUCACCAUCAUCAAGACGGAGAAAGUCGACUUGGAGCUUUUCCCUUCCCCGGAUAUGGAAUGUGCAGAUGUCCCACUGUUAACGCCAAGCAGCAAAGAAAUGAUGUCUCAAGCAUUGAAAGCUACUUUCAGUGGUUUCACUAAAGAGCAGCAACGACUGGGAAUUCCAAAAGACCCCCGGCAGUGGACAGAAACCCAUGUUCGGGACUGGGUGAUGUGGGCUGUGAAUGAGUUCAGCCUGAAGGGUGUGGACUUUCAGAAGUUCUGUAUGAAUGGAGCAGCCCUCUGUGCCUUGGGAAAAGAGUGCUUUCUUGAGCUGGCCCCAGAUUUUGUUGGGGACAUCUUAUGGGAACAUCUAGAAAUCCUGCAGAAAGAGGAUGUGAAGCCAUAUCAAGUUAAUGGAGUGAACCCCACAUAUCCAGAGUCCCGUUAUACUUCAGAUUAUUUCAUUAGCUAUGGAAUUGAACAUGCCCAGUGCGUUCCUCCAUCGGAGUUCUCUGAGCCUAGCUUUAUCACAGAAUCCUACCAGACACUCCAUCCCAUCAGUUCUGAGGAACUGCUCUCCCUCAAGUAUGAAAAUGACUACCCCUCAGUCAUUCUCCGGGACCCUCUCCAGAUGGACACCCUGCAGACUGAUUACUUUGCCAUCAAACAAGAAGUUGUAACCCCAGACAACAUGUGCAUGGGGAGGACCAGUCGUGGUAAACUCGGGGGCCAGGACUCUUUUGAAAGCAUAGAGAGCUACGAUAGUUGUGACCGCCUCACCCAGUCCUGGAGCAGCCAGUCAUCUUUCAACAGUCUGCAGCGUGUUCCCUCCUAUGACAGCUUCGACUCAGAGGACUAUCCGGCUGCCCUACCCAACCACAAGCCCAAGGGCACCUUCAAGGACUAUGUACGUGAUCGUGCUGACCUCAACAAGGACAAGCCUGUCAUUCCUGCUGCUGCUUUGGCUGGCUACACAGGCAGUGGACCAAUCCAGCUGUGGCAGUUUCUUCUGGAAUUACUCACUGAUAAAUCCUGUCAGUCUUUUAUCAGCUGGACGGGAGAUGGCUGGGAGUUCAAGCUUUCUGACCCAGAUGAGGUGGCCAGGAGAUGGGGAAAGAGGAAAAACAAGCCGAAGAUGAAUUAUGAGAAACUGAGCCGUGGCUUACGCUACUAUUACGACAAGAACAUCAUCCACAAGACAGCCGGGAAGCGCUAUGUGUACCGUUUUGUGUGUGACCUGCAGAGCCUGCUGGGGUACACGCCUGAGGAGCUCCAUGCCAUGCUGGAUGUCAAACCCGACGCUGAUGAGUGAUGGACACAGAAGCAGUCUAGGACACUUUGCCAAGACAUUUCACAGAACAGCCGCGUCAGUCAGACUCUUGAUUUUUAAUUGUUAUUCUAUUUUUAAUUUUCCGGAACUCAUUUUUUACAUUCAGGGGUGGGGGCUAAGUGAGCUGCAGCUAUAAUCAAUGUGCACGGUUGGAAAAGGAAGUCCAGGACUUUUCAGGUGGGUGGGACAAGAAAUUCUGGAGCAAAUUUACAGGAGAUAGAGAGAAGGGUCUUCUUAGCAGCAUAAAGACUGUGGUUUAAGGGAGGAAGAGAUUAACGUGUCCAAUCAUUUUUAAAAGUCAUCCAUGAAAAAAUGUGUCUUAAGUUAUGGACCCAUUAGCAAAAGAAAUUGACACGUUGGGAGUCAUGCGACUUUGAAGGGCAAUUAAUUUGCUUUUGUUUUUAGGUCUGGGAGGGCAAAAAAGGGAGAUAGGAUCAAACCUUUUGUUUGGGGGAUGCACAAAACCUAAGAACUAUUUACCUUUCACUUUA